AAUGCACUACAAAAAAGAGUAAGUAGAAGUGUUGUAUGAGGUUUUGUCCUUAUCCAAUGAGGUUGAUGAAGUAUUCCUCCCUACCCUGAUAAACACAUUGAAAAAAGAGAAAACUUAAGACUGCCUAAAAUUUCUCUCAUAAGAUCAAAACAAAUUCCUUUUAGAAAUAGAAAGUUAAAAGGUAGAAACCUAAUCACUUCUUGAGAAAGAAUCGACUCUUAAUGGAGAGAAGAACAUUAAGAUAAUAACAGAUGUCCUCAAAAAAGUUAUGGAUCAUGACUUUAAUACACAGAAUUAUUCAAUGGAUGAUUAUGAAGAAUUUAAAAUGGAUCUAACCACAUAAAUAACAUUGAAUAAGAAGAUAAUAGAAUUCCUAAAAUUUUUGGUUCAUCUGACUGCUUUUGAUGAGACCUAUAUUUGGUGUGGAUCAAAUUCUCUUCAUUUGCUAGUUUAAAUGAAAGUGGAUUUGAGGGAAUAAUGUUUUGAGAAUAUCAGGAUAAGAAAUACAUCUUUAGUUGGUGGAAAUUUUGUAAGAUGCAUAUUCAAUGGAUCAGAAUUUGACAAUGUCGAUAUUAGUGGAAUGAACUUGAAUUAAGCUUAAUUGAUUAAUUGUAAUUGGAAAAAUAUCAAAAUUCAUGAAUUAAAAAAAUUAAAAGGUCAUAAUGGAAGUGUCAAUUAGGUAUGCUUUUCUCUAGAUGGGAAAUCAUUAGCUUCUUGUAGUGAUGACAAUUUGAUUAGAUUGUGGGAUGUUAAAACAGGAAAAAUUAAGUCUAGGAUCAAGGUAAAGGGAUAAGUAAAAUCAGUAUGCUUCUCACAUAAUGAAAGUACUUUAGCUUUCAGUAGUGGAAAAGUAGUGUAUUUAUGGAAUCUUAAAACAAGAAAAUAACAAGCAAAAUUAAAUGGUCAUUUUUAAGAAGUCAGUUCAAUAUGUUUCUCCUCUAAUGGUGCGAAAUUAGUAUCUGGUGGUGGUGAUAAGUUUAUCUGUGUAUGGGAUGUUAAGACAGGGUAAUAAAAAGCCAAAUUAUAUGGUCAUUCAAAUGCAGUUUAAUCAAUUUGUUACUCUCCUGAUGGUACUACAUUAGCAUCUGGUAGUAAAGAUACGUCUAUCAGAUUACGGGAUGUUAAGACAGGAUAAUAAAAAGCCAAAUUAGAUGGUUCGGUGCGGUACCUGCAUAGUUUUUUGACUCACCAAAAUCGGUGCGGUACUAGCAUCCCGAAUAUAGUAGGGUCCUCUACCCUACGGCCGGAAUACGAAUCCUCUACCCUACGGCCGGAAUACGAAUCUCUAUUCGUCUUUGGAAUGUAAAAACAUCAAAGGAAAUACUUAAAUCAGAUAGUAGCUAUAAAGUUUUGCUUGCCUAGUUUAACAUACCACUUCAGAAUAGCUCCUUAUUGCCAAAUGGUAUUAAUUAUUAAUUAUUAUUUAGUUAAUCCUUAUUGUACAAUACUUAGAAUCUGUUAGAUUCCUUUGUUCUAAGCAUCAGGAACACUUAUCUUAUAAGGAUAAUUCAUGA